AUGGAGCCGAGCGUGCAAGCCAACGCCUCGGACAGCUACCAGCUGAACCCCACCAGCAUCAUCGUGUCGGUGGUGUUUUCGCUCAUCUUCCUGCUGGGCACGGUGGGCAACAGCCUGGUGCUGGCCGUGCUGCUGCGGAGUGGCCAGGUGGGCUACAACACCACCAACUUGUUCAUCCUCAACCUGAGCGUGGCCGACUUCUUCUUCAUCAUCUUCUGCGUGCCCUUCCAAGCCACCAUCUACUCGCUGGAGGGCUGGGUCUUCGGCUCCUUCAUGUGCAAGGCAGUGCACUUCUUCAUCAACCUCACCAUGUACGCCAGCAGCUUCACGCUCGCCGCCGUCUCCGUGGACAGGUACUUGGCCAUCCGCUACCCGCUGCGCUCCAGAGAGCUGAGGACGCCGUGCAACGCGGUGGUGGCCAUGGUGGUCAUCUGGGGUCUGUCCCUGGUGUUUGCGGGCCCUUACCUCAGCUACUAUGACCUGGUGGACUACGCCAACAGCGCAGUGUGCAUCCCCGGCUGGCAGGAGCGCGACCGCAAGGUGCUGGACACGUGCACCUUCCUGUUUGGUUACGUCAUCCCAGUGCUGAUCGUCAGCCUCUCAUACACGCGUACCAUCAAGUACCUGUGGACGGCCGUGGACCCCCUGGACGGCAUGUCGGAGUCCAAGAGGGCCAAGCGCAAAGUGACCAAGAUGAUCAUCAUUGUGACGGUGCUGUUCUGCAUCUGCUGGCUGCCCUACCACGUGGUCAUCCUGUGCUACCUGUACGGAGACUUCCCCUUCAACCAGGUGACCUACGCCUUCAGGCUGCUGUCGCACUGCAUGGCCUACGCCAACUCCUGCGUCAACCCCAUCGUCUACGCGCUCGUCUCCAAGCACUUCCGCAAGGGCUUCAAAAAGGUGUUCAGCUGCAUCCUCAGCAAGAACGGCCGCAACAAGGUGCACGUGGUGCACGUGGCCAACACCGUGCCGGGGUUCGAGGCGGCAUCCACGGAGGUGUCGCAGAUGAACGAGGAGAACGCGCGGCAGAACGAGUGCGAGAUGACGAAUCGACGAGUGGUGGAGCCCAGGGAGGCCACGGUGACCCUGAACUCGCCCUUUCAGCACCCCACCUGA